GUCUGGUCCUAACCCGGAAGUUGUUUGUCCAGUCUCCAAAUCGCGUUGUCAGUCUUCGUAAAUAAACAUUUGCAGAAAAUGAAUGAAGUAGGCAACGGAGAGAUGUUGGGUGCCAUUUCAAUUCACAAUUUUUCGGAGAGAAUUUUGGAGCAGACCGUACACUUUCACGUCAUGAAGCUCAGUGGCGGAUUUUUUCUUUGGGUUGGCUCGAGUCCACUUCUGUCCAACCUGGCGGUUUCAAUGAGCAGCAGAUACGACCCAAUGCCAUUAUCGACAUUAGUGAUGGGGGAUCCUUCCAAUACUGCGCCAAAUUCUUUGGCACGGAGAUUAGCAAAGAAGACCGGAAAGCAAGUGUUUGUGAGUUACAAUCUCCCUGCGACAGACUCCAGCCUCUCUCUGCUUGUGGAAAACAGAAUCAAAAAGGAGCUUGAGCUUCACCCAGAGAAAUUUUGAUCCCUUAGUGUGCAUUUCUUGUUGCAGUGACAUCCACCACACACAGUCAUAGUCAUGUCCAUUGUUGUUUUUUUAUUGACACAAUAAAUUAAGUGAUUUUACUAUCAAAAUGUGUCGGCCUAUGGCUUUUGUACAAAUGUAUCAUUAAAAAAUAACACUUAGAAAACAGUAUUAGUGGCUGAGUAUUUUUUUCCCAUUGAAAACGUACAAACUAGCAAGUUGUACAGGUGGAUUAAAAUAUGAGUAAAUGCUGAAGGAAGAAGGUGGACCCUAAAACUGUCACUAGUGGUAAGACAAAAUGUUUGCUGUUACUAUGUAGUGCUUACAUAUCUACCUGUACGGUUUCUCACAUUAUCAUUACAAGGUACAUGAAUGAUACACCUGUUUGCAAAUGUACAUGAAUGAUACACCUGUUUGCAGUCCUAAGGAAUAGUUUGUAUGAAUGAACACCGAUAACAGUGAGCCCAAAUCUAGGCAGACUGGUCUAUUCUAAUCACAUAAAUUGUGCUUUCUGGCUAGAGUUAUCAAAGGAGCUGGAUUACAUCAUUACCACAGUACAAAGAACACGGAUGUGGAGUGGGAUAUUUGCUAGACAGUGUGGAAAAAAAUAAAUACUCGUUUCCCAAAACGUCAUUGAAAAUGUUGAGAUGCAUCAUAAGACAUAGAGAAAAUCAUUUCAAUGUCCGCUCAACUCUCAGGUCUGUUAGCAUUGCCAGCAGUCUCUAACAGCUACACAUAAAGUGUGCAUCAAGGUCUCCGGUUGUUCAUCGUUGCACACAACCAUCAUACACCCUCACCGACAGCUGGAAUGCUUGCUUUUAAAAAAAUCAGUGUUUACACUGACCUCCCCUCGGAGGAUAAAGUGCCACUGUGGACCACAAAUAAGAAAAAAACUUUGUGCCCAUUCAUGCAAAACAGUGGUAGUGGUUAAGCCGAUCCCUGCGUCUCCAGAUUGUUGGCUGAAAAACACAAACACUUAAUAAUAGUGUACCCUGACUUUUAGUGCAAAAUAAAGAACCAGAGAAGGCAAAUUCUGCGGAAAAUGUAUCAAUACUGAAGCUGAACCGAAUGGCUGUGUGGAAAAGGUGGGACCGUAGGAAAAGUGGGAAUUUUUGGCAUGUGAAAAUUUGCUGGCCUGAAAGAUUUGUUGCUGGGUUGAGAAAUGUGGCCCAGAAAAACCGUGGAAUUACAGGAAUAAGAAAAAUAGGUAGCCUGAAAUAAGCUUACAGUUUUUUUUUAUGUUGGAAGUUCGAAUCAUUUGGGAAGUGUGGAAAUAGUUUGAAUUCUCAAGAUCGUAGGGAAUUUGUGUUGCGGAAAAUGUGGGACUACGGGAAAAGUGGGAAUUUUUGGUGUGCUCUUCAGCAUUUACAAUUAGAAUAUUCACUGAACACAAAACAUAUUGACAAGUCCCAUUUGCCUUCACCCACUUCUUUUACUAGGACAAGACUAAAAAAAAAAGUCUCAUAAGAGACUCAUAAAGUCAAGUCAGGUGAAAUAUGUUGGCAGCUCUUGAAUCAGUCAUUUUUGCCACAAAUCAUAUAAAAUCACCUUCAUCUCCAUUUCAACCUCACUAUUAUUUCAUAACAGAUUAUCAGACCUUUAGGAAAUCUUUUUUCUUUUCAAAAUAGAGGCUGUGUCUCAAAUCGAAUACUUCCGUCAAUACCUAUAAAUAUAUGUAAUAUAUCUUACACAAUAUUAGUUCCUGAUGGCGAGAAUUUUGACAGUGUAGUGCUGUCCCAAAUCGAUUCCCGUCAUUGCACACUUACUGGAAAUGACGAUCGCAAUACUUUUAUCUUAUACAUCUUGUGUUUACUAUUUUCCACCGCAACGGGUUGUUCCUGAGCUGCCAUUAUUUCAAGUUAGUCCCCCUCCUUCCGCUACAUAGCCAAGAUGGUGACUAUUUAGGUUGGUAGUAAGGGUCCAUCACUGAGCAUUAACCCUUUUGGACGUUUUGAGUGCAACUUCCGGGUACUGACAGUGCACUGCAUUUACUGUACUUCUCAGCGUGAAUGCACUUUAUGUAUGCACUCAAAGUGGACAACGUGGAAGCACGGAAGUGCGCAAAUUGAGACACAGCCACAAGUUACAAGUUUAAUCGGGCUUCCGGUCUUGUUCAUGUUUGCGCAGCUAAUUGUGGUUAAGUUCAAACCCCAUUGGCUAUUGUGCGGUUGCCAAUCACCUCCCCACCAGUGGCCAGUGAGUAUGAGGCAGGUACCGCUGCCAGAGCGGUAGCUGCUGCAACGGUAGCACUCCCAGUGGUGGACAAGUGUAGUGGUGUGUCGUGUACGCGGGAGUAGUCCUUGUCACUCUUGGCAAGGAGAAGGUGCUGCUCACCCGGGUGGAGCAAUGUUUGACGGGUGAACGUCUCUCCGUCGGCCAGGGUCUCUGGCAAAGGUUGACCCCGCGGCUCAGGGAGCAGCAGCAGGCAGAUGAUACACAGUAGCGUGCAGCAAGCGAAGAUCACGUGAUGCAGGAAGUAGCCCUUCUGGUUGUGGAGCUCCAUGAUGGGUGCGGUGAGCAUGCCGAAACCCGCACUUGCUAGGACCAGGCCGAGACCUCCACCCCUGGUCCAAGAGAAAAAUUCAUGUAGAUGUCACAAGAUGGAGCUAGCAUGCAAAAUUUGACAUGCAACACAAAUCGCUACAUGUUGUUCGGCAAUCAAGUCUGGCGCUGUGAGCAUCACCAAACA